UUAAAAAACUGUUCAAACGUUAACCGGCGCUGCGCGAGCGGAGUUGAUGCACCCAGAGCGAACAGAGCAGAACCGCGAGUUAUAAUCACAGGGAUUUACACACAGAGCAGCUAAACCAGCGCCUGUCACUCUAACGCUGCGGGUUUAUUAGCUCAUAUCAGUAUUCGGGAGAAAAUCCGCCGUUUUAAUGUUUCUACUGAGUUACUAGCUUCAGCUAACAGGCUAACGAGCGCAGCGCUGUGUUGUAGUUAUCUGGUCUGAAGCUCUCUGAUGGAGAACACGGAGCCGGUCAGAUUCGGGCAUGAACCGGAGGGAAUGUCCAAACGGAGAAUUUCAUCGAUUUUAAAAGCUCCUCGGACAUCCAUGAAAGUGUGUGGAGCUGAUCAGGAUGAACCGGCCCAGGAGGAAACCAGACCAAUUGAAAAGCGUCGAAACUCAAGAAGAGUCAGUUUUGCCACAAAAAACAAUGUUCAUGUCUUCUCAAAAGACAUCAAGGUGGAUUCCCCAGUACUGGAUCCUAUUCAGAAUUUGCAUUUUGUUGGGUUGGACACCAUGGUAAACAUCCCCUUACAUAUCUCACGACUAAGUAAGGAGAAUUUUUUCCCAGCUCCGGUUUUACCAGAUGAACCUGUGGACAGAACUAUACUUCUUGGAGAGGAUACUGGAUACAUGGAUAUGACUCAAAGUCACACAAUUACAAUUGACAAUGAAGUUGGAAUGAACCCAGAAUUCAGCUUCAAUAUUGUGGAAAAUGUCACUGGAUUACAGAAGGUGAAGAGUCAGGAUGAUAUAACUUCCAAAACUAUUGCCCAAAAGGAAGGCGCUAAUGUGCAGUCAGAUUUCAGUGAUUUCCUCGCUAGUAUAUCCAAUCCAGCUUCACAGAAUGCACAAAAUAUUGUGACUUCAUCUUCCAAAAAAAACAGUAAUAAUCUCUGUUUAGAAGAUGCAACCAGUAUAUCCAUGGACAAGGAAAAUCUCCUGCCAUCUCGGUUAACCAAGAAUGUGCAUUGUACCAUUUCUGCACCCAAUUCUCAGCCAAUAGGGCUUCAGCCAAGAAGUUAUACAGCUUCAUUUCUGGAGCAGGAGAACAUGGACCUGACCAAGAGUCAUACCGUUGUCAUUGGUGGGAGAGGGCCUGCUCACCAUGAUGCAUAUCCAGUGUGUAUGAAUCCUAAAAGUGCAGCUUUGAUGGCACAGUCCUUCUCAAAGGAUUCAGAUGACAUGGAGAUCACUCAUGUUCACACUACUACAAUCAACUUCAAAGAUGUUCGCAGCAAGCAACUGGUUGUGGAUGAUAACACAUCACAUUUUGCCGGUGAUACUAGUAGUAGGAUGAUCAUGACCCAGGUUCUUGAUGGAUGUCUACAAGAACAAGAACGAAAAGUAACUACAGUUGAUGAGCCAGUUUUCUCCCAAGCACAUAUGUCCUCUUUUAAUCGCUCUCAAAACAGGAAUGUAUCUGAUCGAAGCAAAAUUGACCAAUUUCAGAGUAAUAUUUCAAAUGCCACCAUGGCUUUUUCUGAUGACAUGGAAAUAACACAAGCCAACACUGUUUUUCUUGAUCUCAAAGGUGAAGAAUUGUUUUCAAAAUCAAGGAAAGAUUCAUCUUUUGCAACAUCAUCAUCUAGGACUAAUGACAGUGGCAGAGCACUGAUUGCUUCAGAACAGCAAAGUGUCCUUCUUUUAGAGAAAGAACACGGAAGCCAAAAACAUGUGAGAACUACUGAAAAUACCAUAGUUUUCAAUGAUCAAAAUGACUUAAUGGAAUUAACAUGUCAAGCCAAUUCCUCAGUCAUGGUUAUGUCUCCCAGUCCUGAUGAAAUGGAUUUGACAGGAUGCAACAUUGCGACCAUAGAUGCAGAAAAUAUAUUGCCAACAACUGGAGUAAAGUCGACAAAACGGACAUCCUUUAUGUCAGUACCGACUGUCUCUGUGGAAGCCAAAAAGGUUGACUUUGCUCGGAGUGACUCUACUGUUCCUCACAUGGAUGAUGAUGAUGAAAUGGAAAUGACACAAUGUCAGACUGUUGUGCUUGAAUCCAAACACUGCAUGCAACAGACGUCCUUCAGCAACUCAAGAAAAUCCUUCUCCGUCAGGUCAGGAUCCUGCAGAAGUGAUGUUGGCAGCAGUGAUUGUGAGGAGAUGGCUCAUAAACUCUCUGUUUUUACUGAACAGAACAGGUCUUCAGAUUUUGAGGGGAAGACUGAUUACAUGGACAUGGAUUUGACUGGAUGCAAUAAUGUGACCAUAAACCCAAAACAUAUUUUGACAACAAGUGGGGUAAAGUCAAGAAAACAGACAUCCUUCAUGUCAGCACCAACUGUCUCUGUGGAAGCCAAGAAAGUUAAUUGUGUUCAGGGGGACACUACCGUUACUCACAUGGAUGAUGAAAUGGAAAUGACAAAAUGUCAGACUGUUGUGCUGGAAUCCAAAAACUGCAUAAAACAGAUACCCUUCAGCAGCUCAAAGAAAACAUUAUCUUUUUUCUCAGGGUCCAGCAGAAGUGAUGUUGGCAGCAGAGAUGGUGAAGAAAUGGCUCAUACACUAUCUGUACAUACAGAACACCACUGGUCCUCAGAUUUUGAGAGGAAGACUGAUUACAUGGACAUGGAUUUGACAGAAUGCAAUAAUGUGAACAGAAACCCAGAAAAUAUUUUGCCAACAAGUGGGGUAAAGUCGAGAAAACGGACAUCCUUCAUGUCAGUACCAGCUGUCUCUGUGGAAGCCAAGAAAGUUAGCUGUGUUCAGAGUGACUCCACAGUUACUCGCAUGGAGGAUGAAAUGGAAAUGACAAAAUGUCAGACUGUUGUGCUCAAAUCCAAAAACUGCGUAAAACAGAUACCCUUCAGCAGCUCAUGCAAUACGUUAUCUUUUAUCCCAGGGUCCUGCAGAAGUGAUGUUGGCAGCAAAGAUUAUAAGGAGAUGGCUUUUAAACUUGCUGUACAAAGUGAACAGCACAGGUCUUCAGAUUUUGAGAGGAAGUCUGCAACCUGUAUUGUACCUUCAGCAAACACAUUUCACCAGGAUCUGCCUGACGGCAUGGUGUCUGCAGUACAAGUUGAUAUGGAUCUGACGGGAUGCAACACAAUCUCUAUUGACACAAAAAGUCCCACCGUUGCAGGCGCUUCACAUAGUUUGACCCAAGACCCACUUGAGGUAUUGUCUUUCAGGCCAGUUGCGUUGGCUAAGGAUCAAAUGGAAAUGUCUGAGGUCGGUGAAAAGACAGAAAAAGUAGAUGUGGACACUAGAACUCCUGUAGUCAGUCAGAAAGAGGUAAGCCUGGCUGACUUGGGCGUGGACAAAGACCAAGCAGUUGUAACUAAUUUCAAUCACUUCGAAGCCUCAUGUGUCAAUAAUGUAAAGGAGGGGUCAUCACUUGCUACAAACAUAGAGCCGUCUGAAGAAGACUGUGAUAUGGAAAUGACUAAAGCCAUGACUGUGCCUUUAAAAUUGGGAGAAAUUGUGAAAGAAAAUGAUCUGUCUGCCACCACUGCCCAAAGGACAGACCAUGCUCUGCCAGAAAACCAAAAUACAAAAUUGACACCUAUCAUAACAGAAGGUUUUGCAGCCGAGUCUGAGCUUUGUGUCAAGAAUGACAAACCAAACUCUGCUAAGUCCAGACGUAGGAGUCUAGCUGAUCUACAAGUAAAACUUCAGAACAUUGCACAAUGCAUCAACGAACCCGCCGAAAUUCAGACGAGAAGUUAUACAGCACCUUUAUCUCACCUCACCGAUUUUGAGGCAUGUCCAGGUGAACUUUCUGAGAGAGACACAUCAACAGAAAUUCAGGAAACUCCUACACUGAUAAAUACUGCCAGCUCUGCUAAUAUUGAGAGCACCGCGCCAUUUAAUCUCAAGAGCUUUCUUACAGCAAGACUGUCACUCGGUGGCAUCACACCGAAACUUCCUUCACGAUCCAAAUCUGCAAGCCCGAAUCAAACAGAACCUAUUUGCACCAAUAGAUUUCAAAGUCUGCAGUUGGAGGCACAUAUGGAUGGCGAUAUACAGAAUAGCUAUGAUGUAAUGAACAUGAUUGAAGACGAGGUGCUUCCUGAAGAAGAUUUUUCUGAUACUGUGAUGAGCUAUCUCAGCAGUAAGAAGGAUGAACAAGAUGUUGCUGCAGUGGCACCCUCGGGUGAGGUUGCUGUUCAGGCAAAUGAGUUUGAAAGCUUGCCUGAAAAAAGUUUAUGUGAAGUAGAAGAUUCUGCGGCUGAGGGAGAACUAAAAGAAACCAAUGACAUUGUGUGGUGUAGUAAUUCCACAGCAGCUGGUUUUCCAAGUGCUUCAAGCCACAUAACCAAAACAAUCGAUGAAACAAGCUCUAGUGGCAGUUCAACCCAUAUAAAAUGUGACAUCAUCUCAGAAUCAACUCUGAAGAACUCCCAGUUUGAUUCACAGAUGGAUGGGACAUUUGAACAAGAAUUUGAUUUCACCAAGACACUUGCAGAUGGAAGCAUCACAGUGAAUGAGUUCUUAAGCCACUUUGGUGCAAACUCUGUAAUUCACAAAUCACGACCCAGUGCUCUUCCUGAAAAUUUUAGAAUCACCCAAACCAACACACUGAUGGACCUGCUCAGGGAAAAAUACAUUUUCCGUCCAAAGCAGAGAGUAUAUGAAGCAGAUUGCCAGAAACUGGCAGAACUUGCAGAGGGGUUUAAAAUGCAGAUGACAGAACAAGAUAAAGCACUAAAAGAUGUCAAUGCAGCAGUUCUACAAGAUGUGUGCGCCUUCUCAGGUGUCCAGCUACAGAAAUUUGGUGGAAAGCUGAAAGAGCGAAGGGGAAACUUCAGAAAGAGAAGCAAGGCACUUUCUCAUGAGAUAAAGGAAGCCUUGUACUCUGAACUCUGUAAAACGACUCAGGAGUCAAAACAGAAGUUGGUGGAUAAAAUCUCAAAGACCAAUGAAAUUUUGAAAGACCUAGAUGGAUGCAUUAUUGACCUGGAAUCUGAACUGGAAUCAGUGAGCAGUAUACUGACGGGCGAUCAACAUUCCCUAAGUGAAGAUGAGUCGGCUUUAAAAGCAAAGAAACGGGAGCUUGAUGUUCUUAAUUCAGAUGUUGUAGAGACAGAAAAACUAAUUUGUGACCUAGAACGUCAGCGGGUUUCUUCUGAGAGCCUUUUGGGGAACCUGCAAGAAGUCGUCAAAGAAUUUGAAAACCGUAUCAGAACUCUGAACAGUUUGAAUGAGUGGCAGUUUUGUGAGCGUGAGGAAAACACGGCUGUUUUCAGCUUUCUUCACAAUACUGUUGAAAUGGAAGUAAAAUUGAAAAACCCUGGUGAAAGGGGAUGGAUCUGUGAUGUUGAACAGGAUGUGGAUCUAUCAUUCAGGUUUUUAUUGAAUGGUGACGCAUCGCAGCCUCAUGCCCGCAUGGUUCAUGUGUUGCUUGCAGAGCACAUUAAAGCCCAACCUACGUGGACUCAGAAGUACCCAACCACACGACACAUACCAGUGUUACUCCAUAAUGUCAGCUUGGUGGUGAGCAGACUUCGACUUCUAGGUGAAGAAAUCCACCAGUUGAAGAAAUGGGGAGGAUUGAGAUUUGACAUCCUACACUUCAAUUGUUCGGAUACACUAGUUGAGAUUGUUUUCUCCAGUAUCAAGGCCUGUGCCAAAUUUGAGCUAAGUCUGACUGUAACUCCAGACUAUCCCUUGAAUCCCCUUCAAAUGCAGAAGUUUCAAAAUCUCAUUGGGAAAACAAGAGUUGACCAGAUUGAAGAUGUCUUGUGCUCUGUUACGCCGGCAAAGAAUUAUCUGACUAACCUCAUAAAGAAGAUUCAUGCUGAUCUUCUGUAAAAGGACUUGUGUGACCUGCAAUUUUUUGUUUAAUGAGCAAUGAAAAGUGCAAAAAAAAACAGAUGAAUAAAAAUUUUAACCAGCAUUUUUUAACACUUGCGUGUGUAAUUUAACUUCUUGUGAGCGCAAAUGUGAAACUUGCAAGCAAAAAAAGUGAAUUGUGUGCGCAGUGAAUAAAAUAUUGCUCUCAAGCUUCAUUUUUAAUCCUCUCAGGUGUUUUUUUUUUCUCUCUCUUUCUUCGUCUCGAAGUCACCGUUCUCCUGUGGCAGCAGUUUGUGAGCGAAGGGUUGUUUGGAUGAUAGCAUAGGCAGCUAGCUAACUCUCCUGCUGUCCUUCUUUCUCCACCCUCCUCAGGCUCUGGGAGGUAGGCGGUCCUUCACAAACCCCAGGAGAUAUCAGCCAAUAGUGUUCGCUGAGGGAGGUGAUCCUGACUCCGCCCCCAAACUGUCAAAACCACCCCUUUCAAAAGUCAAGGGGCGAAAAAAUCACCCGCGCACAAACUGCAGCCACAGGAGAACUGAUUUCGAGAUGAAAGAAAAACCCUAGAGGAGAAAAAUGAAGCUUGAGAGUGAUAUUCUGUUCAGCGUGAACACAAUUCCUUUGCGCGCGAGUUUCACAUUUGUGCUCACAAGAAAUUCAUUUACACACGCAAAUGUUAAAACACGCUGGUUAUUUUUGACAUUGAUGUGACUUUCUUCCACUUCAGUCAUAUUUACACACAACUUGGUCAUGUAUAUACUGUUCAAUGAUAGUUGCUGUAUGUGGAAACUGUCUAAUAAAUGUAUUUUUGCUGUCA